AGGCACCAUGAAGGCACUGCUCCUGCUCUGCUGCUUCCUGGCCUCACUCCUUCUCUCAGGACAAGCAGAAGACACAGAGGAUGUGAAUGAAGAAGCCCCACUGAGGGACCGCUCCCACAUUGAGAAAACCCUGAUGCUGAAUGAGGAAAAGCCAGCUGAUGAUUACUCAGCGGUGCUACAGCGACUUCGAAAGAUCUACCACACAUCCAUCAAGCCCCUGGAGCAGUCUUAUAAAUACAAUGAACUUCGACAGCAUGAAAUCACAGAUGGAGAGAUUACUUCCAAGCCAAUGGUGUUGUUCCUGGGACCGUGGAGUGUUGGUAAAUCCACCAUGAUAAACUACCUCCUUGGGUUGGAAGAUACUCGCUACCAGCUCUACACAGGUGCUGAGCCCACCACCUCUGAGUUCACUGUCCUCAUGCAUGGGCCCAAGCUGAAAACCAUUGAGGGCAUUGUCAUGGCUGCUGACAGUGCUCGGUCCUUCUCACCCUUGGAAAAGUUUGGUCAGAAUUUUCUGGAGAAGCUGAUUGGCAUUGAGGUUCCCCACAAACUUCUAGAACGAGUCACUUUUGUGGAUACACCAGGCAUCAUUGAGAAUCGCAAGCAACAAGAAAGAGGAUACCCCUUCAAUGAUGUGUGUCAGUGGUUCAUCGACAGAGCCGACCUCAUCUUUGUUGUCUUUGACCCCACCAAGCUGGAUGUGGGCCUGGAGUUGGAGAUGCUCUUCCGUCAGCUGAAGGGACGUGAGUCCCAGAUAAGGAUUAUCCUAAACAAGGCUGACAAUCUGGCCACACAAAUGCUCAUGCGGGUGUAUGGGGCUCUCUUCUGGAGCUUGGCCCCUCUUAUCAAUGUCACGGAGCCCCCUCGGGUUUAUGUCAGCUCCUUCUGGCCUCAGGACUAUAAGCCUGACACCCACCGGGAACUGUUCCUCAAAGAAGAGAUCUCCCUUUUGGAAGACCUGAACCAGGUGAUUGAGAACAGGUUAGAGAACAAGAUUGCUUUUAUUCGCCAGCAUGCCAUUCGAGUCCGCAUUCAUGCCCUUCUGGUUGACCGUUAUCUGCAGACUUACAAGGACAAAAUGACCUUCUUUAGCGAUGGAGAGCUGGUCUUUAAGGACAUCGUGGAAGAUCCUGAUAAAUUCUACAUUUUUAAGACCAUCCUGGCAAAGACCAAUGUCAGCAAGUUUGACCUUCCCAACCGUGAGGCCUAUAAGGACUUCUUUGGCAUCAACCCCAUUUCCAAUUUUAAACUUCUCUCUCAACAGUGCUCUUACAUGGGGGGUUGUUUCCUGGAGAAGAUCGAACGGGCCAUCACCCAGGAGCUCCCCAGUCUCCUGGGUAGCCUUGGGCUUGGGAAGAAUCCAGGUGCUCCUAACUGUGACAAAACAGGGUGUGGUGAGAUCCCAAAGAAUCGCUACAAGAAGCAUUAGGUUGUGUGUAGACAUUCUUGGGUCUCCAUUGAUGAAUGAGCUUGAGUCCUAACUGUCUGAGAAGUCCUGGUUUAUUAACCCUUUGAGCCAUACUGGUGAGGAUCAGUAUACAUUGGAGAUUUGGGAGUUCAUUGAGGCUGUGAAGCAGGGAAGGUGCGCAGGUUCUAGGGAGGAGAGCGGAAACUGUGAAUUAUAGUGUGCUUGUAUUGUUGCUGCAGUUAGAAGGCCUGACUGAAGCAAGCCAGGCUUCUUUUACUUUUUCUGGGUCCUGUCUUAGAAGGAUAGAGAGCAGCUAAAUUCUAGUGACUACUAAGUCAAUGGGGGUCAAAUAACUAAAUUCAGAUGAAUUCCCUUUUCCCUUAUAAGCUGGGCAGGUGGUAAAGCCUGAGUAAUAAAGGGCUCUCAGGUCUGUGUCAACUCCUUCCACACACCAUUUUCUGCUUGUUCCUAUACCUCAUUGGCUCCCUCCCAAGCUCAGGUUGACUUUCAGAAGUGGACAAUCUCUUGGGACUGAAUCUUCAUGAGUUUUGAGCCUGACCCUGGAACCUCCUCUCUGUUUUCCCCAAGGGUAGGACAAUGGUUAGCGUACCAGAACACUAAAACAAGAAAUUUCAGGUUAAGGCAUUGAUCUCCCUCCCCAAGUGUCAUUUCUUUGAUGUCCCAGCUGUAGAGCUCAGACACUUAAUUGGCCCCAAGAGGAAGGUAGGUGGGUGGUAUAUUCAGGUUCUUCUCUUGGAAAUACCAAGAAUGUACUGGAAGGGCUCAGGGGGUUAAUUGGUUUGCAGUGUGUCUUUGUCUAUUGCAUGUCUUGGAAAACUCAGAUCACAAAGGUGUUGGGUUUCAGACAGGACAAUGGAGAUCUUGUUCCUUGUCCUUGGGGACUUCUCUGGGCAGCAGCUUCUCCCAAGAUUAGGAGGAAGCUAUAACUUCUCUGGGGGAGCACCUGACAGAAGAGGUGUCCAUUUAGGUUCCCAGUACCAUAGCUUCCCCUUUCCUUUCUUCUCCAUUCCCUGAUGUACCAACAUUUCCCACUGAGAGAAAUUCCCUAGGAUCAGAACCAGCCCCAGCUGGUGGCAACCAAGGUCUGAGGUUCAGCUUCUACCUGAACUUGAUGUAGAUAUCCACAGAAUGUACCAUGGGAUAGUCAGGAUCUUCAAACAUCAGUAAGCGUGCAUUUGUGUAUUCACUGUCCAAGAGAGAGAUUAGGGAGAUGACAUACCUGAGGGCACAAAGAAAGAACUCUUGAGAGUUUUGUAUGGCAGAUAUACACUGCCACCUUGGAGGGCAUAGGAGCAAGAAAGAUGAACAGCCUUUUGAUGGAGCAGGCAAGGUGAGAUUCAGGCUGCCUAGAGGACUUCCUCUGAGUACAACUAGCUGCUUUUCUUGGGAGCAAGCUGUCCUGGGGACCUAGACUGUGAGGCAUGGGUUGGAAUCUAAUAGCACCAGCAAGUCAUCUGGA